CCGGGGGUCAUAACAUCAUGAGUGUCCCCGGCGGCGAGUCAUUUCCCCGCCGCUUCGGUCAGCUGAGCGUCUCCGUUUAAUGGAGCCUGAACGGCGUCUGCGCGCUGUGCUGUGACCGCCCGUCUCCCAGUCAGUCCGGGCAGAGGAUGGAUCAUGGAAAGCCGCCUGCAGCGGGGCUCUCCUCGGUAGUUGUCCUGUCAGCUGUGCUGGCGUGCGCAGCAGCGGUCCUGCAGCCCCACGACCUGCUGUACGACAACGCCGUGCGCGCGUUUUACAACAGCGACUAUGAGGAAACGGUGCGCGCCAUGGAGGGAGCGCUGCGCAGCCACUCGCAGCUCCGCAGCACCAAAGUCCGCUGCCGGCUGAGGUGCCAGGACCAGCAUCCGUUUGAUGGGACCUUCUCGGACCUGCGCUUCUUCGACGUGGUGCUUCGGAGAUCAGCAUGUUUGGACAAAUGCAUGGAGGACAAAGUGGGAGCGCAGUCUCUGCACAAGGUCAGCGAGGAUGUGGUGCAGGAUUUUACCCGGAGGAUCCCCUACAACUUUCUCCAGCUGGCUUAUCAGAAGCUGAAGCAGCCAGAAAAAGCAGCAGCAGCAGCUCACACCUAUUUCCAAGCCAAUCCGGAACAUGUGGAGAUGGGUCAGAACCUGGAGCAGUACAAAGACCUGGAGGGGGUCAGGGAACAACACUUUGUGGACCGAGAAGUGCGGCCUCAUCAGCGCUCCUUCAUGGAUGCGGUGAGGUUAUACGACAAAGAUGAUUACGAAGGAGCCAUUUCCCUGUUCGAGGAAGCGUUGGUGGAAUACUUCAAAGCAGAUGUGGCUUGUCGGGCUUUGUGCCAAGGUCCACAGAAGUUUGAGGACCACGAUCACCUCAGUUAUCGUUACAGCCUGCUUGAAGUUGUUUCAGAUCACUUCACUCAGGUGCUCCACUGUGAACAUGAAUGCGUUCGAGACCUCGCCACCCGACCUGGCCGUCUCUCCCCCAUGGAGAACUACCUGCCACUGCACUACGACUACCUCCAGUUUGCCUAUUUCAAGGUUGACAGGCUGGAGGACGCGCUGCAGAGCGCUUUGACCUACCUUUUGUUCCAUGACGGCGAGGAGUUCAUGACUGAAAACGUAGUUUUCUACAGGGAGGUGCUUGGACAGGAUGGGGAGCCACGAGAGGACGCGGCACGAUACCUGAGGAGGCACAAACAGGAGCUGGAGCUGCUUCUGAUUGGCAGCCAGAUAAUGGGUGCAGAUUUCACUGAAGCAAAUUACUGGAGUAGCACAGGUGGAAGAAAUGACCUUAACAGGAUUCCCUCGAGCACUGACGGCUGGAUGGAGUACGUUCCCAUCUCAGGGAAGAAAAUCGCUGCUCCACAGCAGCUCAAAGAAGGUGGCCCUUUGGUUUUUGAGGGUGUGCAGCUUGUGCAGAACUCAGGGGACUUGAACGGGACUCAGCGGGUUCUGCUUGAUCACAUUAUAUCUGAGCAGGACUGUGCAGAGCUCAGAAGCCUGGCUCAGGCGGUUACCAUGGCAGGAGAUGGUUACAAAGGAAGGACAUCCCCACACACGCCCAAUGAGAAGUUUGAGGGAGCAACUGUGCUCAAGACUUUACAGUAUGGUUACGAAGGCAGGGUGCCUAUGAAGAGCGCUCGCCUCUUUUACAACGUCAGCGAACGAGCCCGACGAAUUAUAGAGUCCUACUUCAUGCUGAACUCCACCCUGCACUUCUCCUACACACACCUAGUGUGUCGGACAGCCAUCACAGGGCAGCAAGAUCACAGAAAUGACCUGAGCCAUCCCAUCCAUGCAGACAACUGUCUGCUGGACCCCGAUGCCCACGAGUGCUGGAAGGAACCACCAGCAUACACCUACAGGGACUACAGUGCACUGUUAUACCUAAAUGGAGAUUUUGAUGGAGGAGAGUUCAUAUUCACAAAAAUCGAUGCCAAAACAGUAACGGCAUCAGUGAAGCCCAAAUGUGGCAGGAUGGUGGGUUUCUCGUCAGGAGGGGAGAAUCCGCACGGUGUGAAGGCCGUCACCAGUGGACAGAGGUGUGCUGUGGCUCUGUGGUUCACGCUGGACCCACUCUUCCGGGAACUGGAGAGACUUCAGGCUGAUGAGGUGAUCCAGGCUUUGGACAAACAGUCUGUGUUGAGUCAAAGCUUCAGCAUCAACCCUAGAGAUGAACUUUAGAAGAAGAAAAAGCAUCAUUUUUUACUAAAAUCCCUCCAAUAUUUUAACUAUUUAUUGAGUGAGCUUGGAAAAAGGAAUAUUACUAUUUUUGUAUUGUUUGAAGAGCAGAUCAGUGAUACUCUGCUUUCUGUUGCCUAUUUGAUAUUUUGACGUUUUUGACUUUUACAGCUGUUAUUCUGAAAGUUUACAUUUUACGACUUUGGCUUAUGACUUUUUUUUUUUACAUCCAUCCAUUUCUAUCCAUCCAUUCAGAAACAUGUUCAAUGAAUUUCCUACUUUUGGAGAUCAGAAACCUAAAGAUCAUCUUCAUAAAUGUUAUGUUGCCAUAACUUACAUGAACGUUUUCCUGAUUUUACAUUUCUGUGGCAGUAAGAAUAUCUGUCAAAACUCUAUGGAGCACUGUGUUGUUGUUUUGUUUGUUUUAUUUUAGGUUUUUAGAUUUGAAAAAGCACUCGUUUAAAUACCUUAGGGAAAAAUGUUUUUUUUUUCUUCGAAAUUAUAAAUGUUUCCUUCACUCAUGUCCACUGUGAAUGUGUGUUUAUAACCUGAUCUUAUUUAUGUGUUUUAAAGGUAGUGCCUGUCUGAAUUCAAAUGUAUGAUUAACUUUUUUUUCUUUCUAAAAAAGAUGCCGGUUGUUCCUGUUUCAAGGAACAUGUAUUUUUACGGGCUUUCUUCUGUUUUGUUUGGAUGCAGAUGAUAGGCAAAGUCGUGCACUGUAAAUCUCAUGGAUGCAUAGAUAAGUUACUUUGUUUUUCUGAAAGAAACUGAAAUGCUAACUGAA